AUGAACACGCUGUUCCUGGUGGGAGCAGAGGGUAAGCCAGAACUGCGAGCUGACCUGCAGCUUUGGUACUACCCACCGCAACCAGGGCGCCUGAGUCACCAGGUUCCGGCACUAGACCACUUUUUUGCACAUCCACUACUGGUGUGGAUGCCAUAUAGGUUGUGGACGGUUAAGGUGGUCUGUCCCAAUCCUGCCUGUGGACAGCACAAGCUCACCGGAGCAGGCCUGCACACCAGGGCAUGGCAGGUUCUUGACGUGGACAGGGUUUAUAACAUGGUGACCGAGACACUCACCUGCACCGAAUGUAGCUCCACCUAUGUUUCCUGGAGUCAGACGGUCCUUCAGCAGCUUGACUUGACCCACCGCUCUGAAUUCAGAGUUAUUCUCACACAAAAGUAUGCUUGUGACAUUGGGGUCGUUUGGCUGCUGCGUGAACAAGGCCUGGGGGACAACCCCACACGGGUGCUAAAACAACUGAGGGACAACCACACGGAGGAGUGGCUACACCGUGUCACCCGGUUUACAACACAAUGUGUGGACUUCCUGCACCACCCCAGUCUGCUGCCCACGGUCUUCCCUGAGCCUCCAGAGCCUGCUGUGGUGCCAAGCUUCAAAUGGCUCCAGGUCGUUUACAGCCAGGAUAUACUCACGAGGCUGGAUGAAAUCAAGGCCAAGAUAACCUCAACAUAUGGAGCCAUCUUGAAGUUGGAGUCAACCAAAAAAGUCGCCAAGAAGCUGGAUGGGAUGGUGUCAGGGACGGCCCUCUGGCUCACCUCUGGGCAACGAGCUGGAGCAAAAAGAGAGCAGCUCAUGUCCCAGGGCCUGCCUGAAAUGACAGAUGCAGAAAUGAACAGACAUCUUACUAAGCAGGAACUGGUUCUCCACUGUCGGAGGAGAACGCGAGGAGAGGAGACCACUGUUCUGCUCAUAGAACAGCUGCUAAGAGAGCUCACAGGGAGCAGUGGCAACGAUUCCCUCGGUACCUGCACCAACAGCCUCAACUUCCAAAUCUACCUGCUGGAAGGGCUUCACAGGUGGAACCAGGACCGGGCUGCAGCGUCCCUGUCUUCAGGACCGUUGGCUCUCCAUAGCUACUCAGACAACAUGGUUCAUUAUGUAAACCAGAACUAUGAGAAGCUGUUUGGCAGGAAGUUGGUCCCCAAGUUCUGUUCACCUGCGUGCUACACUGGUGAGUUUCUAGGAGUUCAAUAUCUGUUCCAGCAGACUGGUCAGGCACUGCAGGAUAUGAACCCUGAUUCAGAAGAGACGGCCAAGUUAAUUGAAGAGUUUGACUUGGAGGAGGAGAGGGCAGAGGAAGAGGGGUUCUGUGACGUGCAGGAUCCCACAGUAAUGAACAUGGAGGUCCUUUAG